GACUUCAGUUCUCGCAGCAAAAAAUGAAGUCGCUUCUGUUGCCCAUCGUUUUCCUGUUGGCCGGCCAUUAUGUAGCUGAGGUUUCUUCGCAAGUCAUCCUCGAAGUGCCUGGCUAUGGCGUUCUUAACGGUACUAUCGAAAACUCGACUUACACUGAGCGUUCGUUCUACGCGUUUCGCAGUGUAUUUUACGCGGAAAUGCCCACUCCUGCAAAUCGAUUUUUGCCACCGGUUCCGAAAGCUCCCUACCCCAUGGAUGAAAUUCAACAGACUACCAAAAAUAAUGCAGGAUGCCCUCAGCCUGGAGCGGCCAACGAGGAUUGUCUUUCUUUGAACAUCUUCACACCACAAUUGCCGUUUGAAUCCGAUAUGCUUCUUCCCGUCAUGGUCUGGAUCCAUGGAGGAGCUUUUUCUCUUGGCCAUGCACUCGAAUAUCUACCUAACAGAUACAUGGAGCACGACAUCGUUUUAGUUGCAAUUCAGUAUCGUCUAGGUCCACUUGGUUUCCUCUCCUUUGAUACGGACGAUGUUCCUGGCAAUGCGGCUAUUUUCGAUCAAAUCGAAGCUUUACGUUGGGUCAACAAACAUAUCCAAUACUUUGGUGGAGAUCCUAGUCAAAUCACCAUCGCAGGAGAAAGCGCUGGAAGCGCUAGCGUUUCACUUCUUCUCUUGGCACCCCAAGCAAGAGGGCUUUUCCGACAUGCUAUUGGCGAGAGCGGAUCUGUUCUAGCUGAGUGGGCCCUUGAUCGCGAUGGAAGAGGCAAAGCAGCUUCCCUGAAGAUUGCUGAAAUGUCAGGAUGUCCGCUAGAACCUUACCAAGAUUUACUCACGUGUGUUCAGAACGUUGACGCAAAAACUAUCACCCAAGCUUAUCUAGACUUUGCGGCCGAGGAAAGGUUCAAUGGUGGUCUUGGAUUUAGCGGUUCAAAUCCUGUCAUCCAGGUUGCUGGAGCACAACGGAUUAUCGAGUCCGACCCUCGUGAGCUUUACAGUUCGGGAAAUUUUGCAAAUGUCCCUACCAUGUUCGGAGCAAACAAACAAGAAGGCACAUUAGUGUUGGGAAUAUUGUACAACGAUUUUUUGGUACCCAAUAAUUUGACUGAAGACGAGGAGUUCUUGGCGAAUGAUUUAGUCCCACUUCUUCUGAAUGCAUUGCAUAUUGAUGAUCCUACUGGUGAACUGGCCGCUCAGUUGACAGAAAAAUAUUUGAGUACAGCCGUAAUGGGUAACUUCACAUCAAUGAUACCCGGACUAACAGACAUGUGCAGCGUGCUCUUCUUGAAAGGACCCACGUACGAGACAACACAACUCGUGUCUCAACACAACCCUGACGCGUUCUUCUACUCCUUCGAGUACGAAGGAAGAAAUUCCAUUUUCAGCUAUCUGUUCGCUGCAAACCCACCUCCUAUUCCUCAUGGUGUCAGCCAUGCCGAUGAACUGAUUUACCUGUUCAUUUAUCCAUUUCCGUCCAUACCACCCGGUCUCAAUAAUAGUGAAACUGAACACUCGAUGAAAAUGCUUCAAGUCUGGACAAAUUUCGUCAUAUAUGGUAAUCCAACUCCGGACGGCGUAGCACUCCUCGAUGGAAUUCCACAGUUUUUGCGAUACACCACCGUCGAUGAAUCCUACACCGCGAUUGAUGAUGUUUGGAGAACGGAGGCAGACUACACAUUGACGUACACCGUCACGGUGGACGAACUCACUCCUCCUGCUGAAAGACGCACAGCUCCGAAGAGGCCAUCUGGUCGGUUCCAACGUUCACUGCUGAAGAAAAACAAUUAUCUUGGCUAUUGAUAUCAUCGUGUACUUAUCUGAUUAAAGGAAAACCUUCCGUAC